CUUUUUCGGAUAAAAGUUGGCAUGCAGUCCGAGAUUGCAGAUACUAAAACAAUCUGCACUGUCAUUAUAACGUAAUUUUACAAAUUCUUUUACGAUAACGAUCGUUAAAUAUGUAUCUACAUUUUGCCAGUGUUUAAAAGAAUACGUACUCUCAAGUAAUCUAACCAUAUUUAGAUUUUUAUUGUGUAUCAUAAUGUUGCGCAUUCCGGUAAGACAAAAUGUACGAAAAUUUAGCAUUAAUGGAUCAACGGUAAAAUGUAACCGAUUAAAUGGAAAAAUAGCAAUUGUAACAGCAUCGACAGAAGGAAUUGGUUUUGCAAUUGCAAAACGUUUAGCUGAAGAAGGUGCUAGGGUAAUGAUUAGCAGUCGCAAAGAAUCAAAUGUAAAGAAAGCCGUAGAAAAACUUAAAUCUGAAGGAUUAGAAGUUUCUGGUGUUAUAUGCCAUGUCGGUAAAAAAGAAGAUAGAAAAGUUCUAUUUGAACAAACAAAAAAAGAAUUUGGUGGUUUAGAUAUUCUUGUAUCAAAUGCAGGAGUAAAUCCUAGCGUAGGUAGUCUUUUUGAUACUUCGGAAGAAAUAUGGGACAAAAUCUUUGAUAUUAAUGUAAAAAGUAGCUUUCUUCUAAUGCAAGAAUCUUUACCACUUUUGAGACUGAGUAAAUCACCUUCAAUGAUCCUUAUAUCUUCAAUAUCAGCAUAUCAACCAAUUACUUUAUUAGGUACAUAUGCUGUUAGUAAAACAGCAUUAUUAGGUCUAAAUAAUAUAGCUGCUGCUACUCUUGCAUCAGAAGGAAUUCGUGUCAAUUGUAUAGCACCUGGUGUUAUAAAAACUAAAUUUUCGCAAACAAUUGUUGAAGGCGCUAUAGGAGAAGCAACUUUAUCCACAGUACCAAUGCAAAAAUUUGGCGAACCAAACGAUGUAGCAGGAGUUGCUGCAUUUUUAGCUAGUGAUGAUGCUGCUUAUAUUACUGGUGAAACUAUUGUUCCUUCAGGUGGAAUGCAAUCCAGACUUUAAAAUAGAAUGCCUGAUGUUGUUCCACAUUUUUCCAUUUUUUUUAAAACAUCUAAACCACUAAGAACAUGACCAAAUACUACAUGUUUUCCAUUUAACCAAUCUGUACGUGCUGUACAUAUGAAGAAUUGUGACCCAUUUGUAUUU